AUGCAGGGGGACGCCGUCUUCGUCAUGUCCUCGAGUGAGAGCGAUUGCGGGGCAACGGCGGCGGCCGCCUCGCGGGUGGAGGCGUGCCCCCAGCAAUUCGCAGCCGCCGGCUCGUCUGCGGCGAGGUCCAUGGAUGCGGUGCUUUUCGGCGAUGAGGGCCGCCGCCGUGCGGCGUCUCCAGGGCUGUGUGCGCAGGAAGCGGCGAGCGACACCGCCUCCUCCUGCAGCAGCGGCAGCAGCGAGAGGAGUGCGUUUUCGCACGAGGUCGUCGGGGAGGAGGCGAGACGGCUGCGCCUCGGCCCGGGUGUUGCGGACGCCAUGGCGGCGGUGGAGCCGCACGAGCACCCCGCGAGCGCGGCGGUGUUGCGCGGAAUGACGUGUGCCGAUGUUCGUGCCGUGUUGGAGCCCUUUUUUCACCGCAGGGAGGCGGCGAGGAUGCACUUUGAUGCGGCGCGGGGGCGACUCACGGCAGCGACGAAGGCGAAGACGAGUAGGGGGGACAAUACUCUGCUGGAACGCUGGAGCCGACUAGUGAAUGUCUCCAACUGGGGUGACGGCAGCGCGUCAAGCGGCGACGUCUUGCUUCCGGAGGUGCUCGCUCCGCCAGCGGUGACGCUUCUUGGCGGAGGCGCCGGCGCCUCCGCCACUGCGGCGAGUGUGACCUCCGAGUUGCGGCAGCUGCGGCCGCAUCAAGUAGAAGGCAUUCGUUUCUUGUGGAGCAUUCUUGUGGAGGGGCCUGUCGGGAGAGUCCCCGCCGUUGGCUGCAUCCUUGCCCACACCAUGGGACUUGGCAAGACCUGCCAGGUGGUCGUCUUCCUGCAUCUCUUCCUCAAUGAGCAACGACGGCGUCAGGGGCGGUCGCAGCGGGUGCUCAUCGUGGUCCCAAAAUCCACACGAGCGGGGUGGGAGAAGGAGUUCGCCACCUGGUCGCGUUACUUUCCCCUCGCCCAGCGCCUCACCCCCAUCGCCAUUGAUGAACGCGAGAGUGCGCGGCGGCGGUCGGAGGUGUACGAAAGGUGGUGCAGCGAGGGUGGGGUGCUGCUUGUGGGGUACGAGAUGCUGCUUGGCCUCACGAGGCUCUCGACGAGGGGAGCGAAACGAGAUACGACGGGGCACCGGUGGACGGAUCUGCUCGUAUGCGAUGAGGCUCAUCGAUUGAAGUCGACGCGUCUGCAGAUCUCGGCCGCACUCCGUGGGCUACACCCGCUGCGUCGACUGCUUCUGACGGGUACGCCGCUGCAGAAUCACCUGCAGGAGUACUGGGCCAUGGUGGAUUUCGCGCUUCACAAGUACUUUGAACGGCGCCGCUUUCAGGAGUUCUUCAUUAACCCCAUUGAGGCCUCCGUUGCGCAAGAGGCCAGCCCGAGGGAGGUUGCCAUGGCCCGCAUGAAGACAUUCGCCCUGAUACGCGAGCUGCGGCACUUUGUUCAGCGCGUGGAUAGCACCCCACUACAGAAGGAGCUUCCACCCCUGCACGAGUACGUGCUUGUUGUUCCGCUCUCCGCGCUGCAGGCCCGCUUGUACGACCGCUUCCUGCAGCUGGUACGGCAGGAACGUUACAGGUUCAACUUUCUCCAGGCCGUAACUUACGCCAACAAGAUCUCGGCCCACCCCCAGCUACUCUUUGCGACUGACCCCGCCUCACCGCUGCGAAGCGUUCUAGGCGGCCCGGAGAGCGACUCCGACGACGAAGACGAGGAAGGGGAGGAGGAGGGGAGUAGAGGGAGUCGUGGCCGGCGGCCCCCGGCAUUCGCUGGAACGCCGGUGAGUCAAGUUUGUGCCGAUCUUUUCCAGCCACCGGCAGACUACACCGCCGCCCCUGAGGACGGUGCCAAGCUGUACAUCGCUGUGCGGAUCAUCAAGGCGGCGAUGCUGCGGGGUGAAAAGUCGUUGUUUUUCAGCUUGUCGACGAAACUACUGAGCCUCUUUGAGGGAAUCAUUGCUGAGAUGAACCGUCGAUGGCAGCGGGAUGGUUCCCUGUCGCGUCCAAUCCGGUUUUGUCGCCUUGACGGGAGUAGCAGUGGGGCGGAGCGUGAGAGUACGCUGCGGUCCUUUCACUCGGCCUGCGGUGCCGACGUGCUGCUGCUUAGCAUGAAGGCAGGCGGGGUGGGUAUCACCAUCACUGCCGCCACCCGUGUUAUUCUCGCGGACGGCGGCUUCAACCCGGCGGAUGACAGGCAGGCCAUUGGACGCGCCUACCGCUACGGGCAGACACGCCCCGUCUUUGUGUAUCGGCUCGUCUGCUACCAUACCUUGGAGCACCGCAUGUUUCGGCAAAAGGUGGCGAAGGAAUGGCUCUUCCGCACCAUUGUCGAGGAGGCCUCGCUGAAGCGUGACGCCCUGGCCGGGUUACGUCUGCAGUCCAUGUUUCAGCUCCUUAGUCGUGCACGGGAGGAGGCAGACGAGGCGCCAACGUUGACCGAUGAACAGCGGAGGUCGAUGGCGCGGCUCGUGGCGGAGGACGCCGUGCUGGCCGACGUCGCCGCACACGUUCUCUACGCCGAGGCGCACGAGGUCUACCUGCAGCAUGACGAGCUGGUGCAGUACGGCGAGGAGGAGCGGGAGUUCUACGAGGAGUACCAAAAGAAGGGCGUCUUCAACGUUGACAGUUACGUGGAUGGUGCUGACGGCGGGUGGGAGUCGGAGCAGCGCAAGCGGCUGCGCGAGGAACAGCAGGAGACCGUGGAGGAGCGAACGAAAACGCUGACGGCGUUGGUGGACGACAUCAUCCGCGGCCGCGCGGAGGCAGACCCGCAGCUUCGCCACCUGCUGCGCAUGAUGGGCGUCACCGUGGAUGCAUCGGGGGCGGUCUCCGUCGUGAGUGCGCGGGAGGCGCAGCAGCCCCUCGCCGUGGACGCGGAGAGCGGGGGCGAGGGGCGCCCUCCUCGUCGCACAGACCCGCAGGCGGUCCGCACCGAGACGGUUCCGCGGCUACCGCCUGUAGUGUUGGACUCGGACGGGGCCGCCGACGACUCCGACGGUGAGUCUGUCCUCUUUGAUGGGAAGCGGAGGAGUGACGACGUGCGCGCUGUUGUCGACCCGUCCAAGUACGAACCCUACAGGCCCGGCGGUACCGCCACGCACGCCAUCUUUCUUGACGAGGACGAAGUAUAG